CACCGUCGGCUUGUCCUCGCUCAGCUAUCGACAGCCCAACAAUCAGCGACAUCGCGUCGACCUUGAACAUGGCGUCCACCGCCGCAGCUGAUUCGGAUCCUGCGUCCCGAAACCCCGCUCCGGAAAAGCCGACAUCUCGACUCAAAUCCGCCGACUCGGGAUCUACCAGCGCUUUGGAACAGAAUACCCCGAAAUCGCCUAUCCAAGCAGCCUCGGCAGACACGCCGGACGGAGAGUCGACCGAUGUCUCGACGCCCGGAACGCCCGGGCCCUCGGUGCUGCCGCCUCCGCUGUGCGCCAAGUACGAAGACAGCUUCGCGUACAAGACCGUCCGAGAGAGGCUGCCGGUCAUCCUGACCCGGGUGAUAGACGCGCUGUUCCGGGACCGCAUGGCGAUCGAGCGUCGCCAGGGCAGCGAAGCCCGCGAGCAGUCCAGGCAGGUGGUGGGACGCCUGUCCAAGUUGCGCAGCGACAUGAUGACCAACAAGCCCCUGGCCCGCAUCACAGAUGAUUAUGCCGACGCGGCGCUUUGGAACCGGGCGUUCGAGGAGUGGAGCGAAUUGGAGCCGCCACGCUGGUUCCAGGCCCCCUGGCUGUACGUGGAGUGCUACCUGUACCGGCGCAUCUUUGAGGCCUUCCAGUUGACCACCCUGCUGCGAGACUACGACCCCUUCGCCCAGCAGAAACGGGAGGCCCUGUUCGAGUCCCUGAGUGCCAUCCGCAGCCUCACCGACUUCGCGCGCAAGAACGCCCAUUCCAGGGCCAGCCUGGAGACCAUCAGGCCCGUGGCAUUGAGGCUCAUCGAGGUGUCCCUGUGGGGCAACCGCUGCGACCUGUCCCUCUCAGGCGGGGCCGCGUCCAACCCCUCGGGCGGGGCUCUGCAGGAGACACAGUCCCUGCGCGCCAAGAUCCUCUGCAACCAGCUGACGCGCUUGUGGGCACACCUGGGCCGCAUGCGUAACCGGGCGAGCGGCGGCAUCCCUACCCAGCUGCACCUGGUCAUGGACAACGCGGGCUAUGAGAUGGUCACGGACCUCUGCCUGCUGGACUACCUCCAGGAGUGCGGCUUCAUCUCCCGGGCCUGCCUACACGUCAAGGCCAUGCCGUGGUACGUCUCGGACGUCAUGCGGCGCGACCUUUACAAGACUUUGCGCCAGCUACGUGACCUGAACCACGAGCCGACGUCUGCCCUGGCCCAGCGCUGCUUGUCCCGGCUCGAGAGCGGCGCCUGGGCCGCGUCCGAGGACCCCUUUUGGACACUGCCGCACGACUACGCCCGCAUGGCCGCCCUCGCGCCCGAGCUGUAUUGCUCCCUGCAAGAGGCUGACCUGGUGCUUUUCAAGGGCGACCUUAACUACCGCAAGCUGGUGGGCGACCUACGCUGGGAACCCUCCACGCCGUUCGAGGUGGCGCUGCGCGGCUUCCUCCCAACCUUCUUGUGUGCCCUGCGCACCAUCAAGGCGGACACAGUUGCCGGUGUGGACGCUGACCUGGCAAGGGAGGUGGCACACCGGUCGCCAGACUGGAUGGUCACAGGGGAGUACGCCCUGGUGCAGUGUGCGGGUAGGACUCUGUGGUCGCGCGACAGCGAACCGUGACGUUGAGCCCGUUCCUUCAGAAGCACGCCGACUAUGCGCGGGUUGGCUUCCCAAGCUCUUGUGGAGUGUUGUUGACGAAAUGCUCAAAUGCAAGGUUAAGCGCCAAACACACGAGCGACAAAAACGGGAGUUGCCUGACUGUUACCGUAGCAACCAUCGCUUGACGUGGCCCUAUGCUACGCUGACGUGCCGUGGUGACGAUUGCUAUGGCAACCGUCACGCGAAAUUCGUAAGGAUGUCGCGUGACACGCGACAUAAGACAUCUUGAAACGUUUUUUGGAGUCAUUGUCAAGUGCACGUUUAUGUUUCAUUCAUUCCAAAAGGAGCACAAUUUUAUGCUCCUUUUGGGUAUAUAUCAAAAUUAAUACUUUGAUUCAUGUGGAACAACUUGGUUUAUUGUCUCCUCCCGUUAAAAGAGCCACCCACCAAUUCAUUCUUGCAAACCAAAUUAAUGAAUUGCCUAGAAGUAUGGAACACAGAGGCAGCCAUCGUCAAGAUAGCCAGCCAAAAAGCAAACAAUUCUUUUAGCUUUGGGGCUAUUCCAUAUUUAUGCUGUUAUCGGUAUAUUAAAGAGUUGAUUGUUGUUGCCGA